AUAGAUGAAUACGAGUCAAAUUUACUUUCCAAAAUCUAAAAAGAAAAAAAAAAUUCGAAAUCCUUCCACUAGAGAAAUAAGUGCAGUACAACCUGUGUUGUUAUGUGGCUGCUUCCAUAAAUUGAAUUUUGUGAAACUUUCAUUUCUCUUUAUCAUCUUUACAUUUCUUCUCUUUCAAUCAUUCAGAAAUACUUUCACUCACAAACCUCUCUGAAACCACAUCCUUUGAUUCCUUCGGUUUGCGCCUUACUUGCCUUGUCACAAACCUCUCCGAAACUAGUUCCCCUGAUUUCUUCAGUUCGCACCCUCGUUGCUCUGUUGCUUUCUCUGUUUUACUUUCUUUAUUUCAGAAUCUUUUUGCCCUAUUUCUGGUUCUUUAAUUUGUUCUGUUUCAAUAUUUCUGAUUUCUUCAACCGAAAAAAAAAAAAAACAUUUUUGCUUUCAGUUGUUUCUCGAUUACUAGAAAGAAUUAUCAUUUCUCGUAUUUAUUGUUAAUUUCGGCAGUUGUAUUUUAAUUAUUUUCAUUUUCUUUACUUCUGUUUCUCAAACCUGAAAAAAGUUUUAAAAAAUGGUUGAUUGCGCCUGUAUCGCGACUGUGUUGAGUCCUGUCCUUCAGGUUGCCGGGUGGUUGGCUGCUCCGAUUGGGCGUCAAUUUGAGUACUUGUUCAACUACACUACCGAUUUCAAAAAUCUGGAAACGCAAGUUGAUGAGUUGAAGAAAAAAAGCGAAGAAGUUGAGCAUACGAUUAUUGCUGCUGAAAGAAAUAUGGAAGAGAUCAAUCAGAAUGUUAAGGAAUGGCAGAAAGAUGUGGAGAAGACCAUUACUGAAGCAGAGCGGCUGAUUAAAGAGAUGUGUAAGAGAUGUGCAAGAGAACAUUACCGUAUGGUUACUGAAGCUGAAAGAAAUAUGCAAGAGGGCGAACAAGAGCUUAAGGAUUUGCAUGUGGAUAAGACCAUUACUGAAGCAGAGCCGUUGAUUCCAGAGAAAGCAAACAACCGGAGAUGUUUCAAGGGAUUUUGCCCCAACUUCAUCUUUCACUACAAACAAAGCUGGAAAGCUUUUAAAUUGAAGCGGGAUGGUAUUGAUCGCCUCCUCCAAAAAGAGAAGGAAUUGGGUCCCUUUUCCAAACCUACUAAUCCACCGGAUCGCCGGUUUAUACCUCAUGAAGAUUAUUUGACUUUUGAAUCAAGAAACUCCUUGGAAAAGAAUGUAUGGGAUGCUUUAAAUGAUGAGAAUGUGUACAUGAUUGGUGUUUAUGGGAUGGGUGGUCUUGGGAAGACCACGCUUGUAGAGGAACUUUGUAGGAAAGCCGAGAAGCGCUUUGAUGACAUUGUUUUUGUUGAGGUUUCAGAGUCUCCCGAUGUAAAGAAGAUUCAGACAACAAUUGCAAAGAAAUUAGGUCUAGAAUUAAAAAAAGAAAACGAAAGCGACAGCGAAAGCGAAAUGGCAGAUAAGAUAUAUUAUAGAAUGAAGGACAAGAAUAUCCUUUUAAUUCUAGAUAAUAUUUGGGAACGUCUAGAACUUGAUAAGACGGUAGGAAUUCCUAGCAGAGCUGAUCGUGGAAAAAAUAAACUUUUGAUCACAACAAGAAACUUAGAUGUGUUGCAGAAGAUGGAUUCUGCACAUAAUUUUGAGAUGGGCAUUUUAAACGAAGAAGAAGCUUGGACCCUAUUCACCAAAAUGGCAGGAAAAGUUAUUCAAAAACAUGAUUUGCAUCCUCUACAAAAAGAUGUAUGCAAGGAGUGCGGAGGAUUACCUCUUGUCAUUAGUGCAAUAGCUAAAGCAUUAACAAACAAGUGUUAUCCAUCUGAUUGGGAGUGUGCAUUACAAGAUUUGAAAGGAGUUUCAGAAGUAAAGUAUACAAGAUUCCUUGAAAAGGAAUAUAUGAAGAUUGGCUUAAGUUACAAAUAUUUAAGUGAUGAACUUAAGAAAACGUUUUUAAUUUCUAGUCUAAUGGAAAAUAAUACUUCCAUUUCAGACUUGUUCAAACAUGUUGUGUGCCUGAAUAUACUUGGCGGAGUUAAUUUGACAAUGGAAGGUGCACGAAAGAGACUAGAUAAAUUGGUUCGUGACCUCAAAGAUGCUUGUUUGUUACUUGACGGGUUCGAAAGCGGCCAAUUUGCUAUGCAUGAUGUUAUUCGUGAUGUUGCCAUAUUAUUUGCACAUGAGGAGUACCAUGUGUUUACAACAAGAAAUGAUGUUGAACGAGAUUGGAAGGAUAGAGACAAACUCAAGAAAUGCACAAAGAUUUCUUUACCUGGUAAAAGUACUAUUAUUAGUCAACUUUGGCCUAAUGAUUUGGCUUGUCCAAAUCUUGAAUAUUUCUAUAGGACUGAUAUGCAGAACUCUUCUUUUGAAAUCCCGGAGGACUUUUUCACGGUGAUGCCAAAUCUUAGAGUAUUGAAUUUGGUUGGACUACGGCAAAUGUCAUUGCCAUCAUCAAUUCAUCAUUUGACAAACCUUCAAACAUUGUGUUUAGAUUACAGCAACAUUGGAGGUGUUCCUAUUAUUGGAAAGCUUAAGAAGUUAAAGGUCCUUAGCUUGCGAAAUUCUUACAUUAAGGAGUUUCCUACGGAAGUGGGUCAAUUAACUGAACUAAGACUGUUAGAUUUGAGUGAUUGUUAUUAUUUGAAAGUUAUUGCUCCACAUGUGAUAUCAAAAUUAUCCAAUUUGGAAGAACUUUAUUUGAAGGAAUGUCUUAUUCAGUGGAAAAUUGAAGUACUUAGGGAAUUGAAGCUCUUGUCUAACCUUACCAGUGUAGAAUUGGAUAUUGAAGAUCACAAGGUUUUGCUUGAAGAAUUCUUUACUAGAAAACUUAUCAAGUACAAAAUAUCAGUGGGAAAUUGGUGGUACAAACAUCCAACAAUUUGUGAACAAGAGUGUUUGAGGAUAUUGAAAUUGAUAUUCAAUCCUACCAUCCACUUAGAAGAAUUAUGCGGAAUCAAGAAUGUUGAACUCUUAUGCUUAGCUGAAUAUUUGGAUGAUGAAGAUGAAGAUGAAGAUGAAGAUGAUGAGGAUGAGGACACUCUUGAGCAUUCAAAAUUCCAUUUGCAAUCCAAUGAAAUCACACCGCUUUUUAAUGAAAAGGUUAUCCUUCCUGAUUUAAAGGUCUUGGUAUUGAAGAAUAUUAUUUCUAGAAAGAUUUGGGACAGUGAACUUCCAUCAUCCUCCUUUCAAAAUUUGAAAGAAUUGAUAUUGUCGAGAUGUACGAAGAUAAAAUUUGUGUUUCCUUAUACCAUAACCAAAAACCUCCAACAACUCCAAUAUCUUAAGAUAAAGGAUUGUAUUGAUUUAGAGGAAAUUGUUGCUACAGAAGAAAUAACAGAAGCAGCUGCCAGUUUUGUCUUUCCUGAAGUAACCUUUUUGGAGCUUAAAAAUCUACCGAAACUUGCAACUUUUUAUCCUGGAAUACAUACUUUGGAAUGCCCAAAGUUGAAAAAGUUGGUGGUGAAAAAUUGUGACAAAUUUAAGAUGUUGAAUUCAGAAGCAAAUUCUUUGUGCUUGGACCAUAUGGUUCACUUUCGUGAUUUAGAGGUCUUAAAAUUGAAGAAUAUUAGUUUUGAAAAGAUUUGGGAUAACCAACUUUCAACUUCUUCUUAUCAAAGUUUGACACACUUGGCCUUAUUAGAAUGUGAUAAAAUAAAAUAUGUGUUCCCCUUAUCAAUAGCCAAAAGCCUCCAACAACUCCAAUACCUUGAGUUAACAAGUUGUAAGGUUUUAGAGAGAAUUGUUGCUCCAGAAGAAGGAACAGAAGCAAGUGUCAAUUUUUUCUUUCCGCAAGUAAGCACAAUGAAGCUUCAAUAUCUACCAGAGUUUACAGAUUUCUAUCCUGAAAUACAUACGUCAGAAUGGCCAAAAUUGAAAGAGUUGGUGGUCAAAGAUUGUCCUAAAUUUAAGAUGUUCACUUCAGAGGCAAAUUCUCUAUGCUUGGACCAAAAGAUCAACCAUGAUUUGGAGGUAUUUGAAUUAGAUACCAAGAGCAUGGUGAUUAGUUGGAAUCGUGGAAAUAAAGCUCUGAAAAUCUCAAGGGAUAAGUCAGCAUAUAAUCCACUUCCAGUCCUUCAAAGAUUCCAAAGUCUGGAAGAGCUCAAACUAUAUGACUGUGAAUACAAAGAAAUUAAGAGUGUAUUUGAUCUUCCAAAUCUUAAUGUUCUACAUGUAGAGCAGUGUAGCAAAUUGGUGAGUCUAGUGCCAUCAUCAUCUUCAAUGGCUAGAAGCUUGGUACGGUUGAAAGAAUUGAACAUAUCUGAUUGUGGAAUGCUGGCUGAAAUAUUAGAAAAUAAGAGAGAUGUAACAACAAUUGAAAUUGUUUUUCAAAAAUUGACCAAGUUGUCACUUGAUCAGUUAGAAAGUCUCACAUGCUUUUGCUCAGGGAAUCACUCUCUCAAUUUUCCAUCAUUGGAAAAGUUAAUUAUUACAGAAUGUCCCAACAUGAACACUUUCUUCAGAGAAAUCUCAAGCGUUUCAGAAUUUACUUUGCAGUCCAAUGAAAUAACGCCAUUUUUUAACCAAAAGGUUCACUUUCAUGAUUUAAAGGUCUUAGAAUUGAAGAUUAUUCAUUUUGAAAAGAUUUGGGAUAACCAACUUUUAACUUCUUCUUAUCAAAAUUUGACACACUUGAGCUUAUUUGAAUGUGAUAAAAUAAAAUAUGUGUUUCCUUUGUUAGUAGCCAAAAGCCUCCAACAACUUCAAUACCUUGAGUUAACGAGUUGUAAGGUUUUAGAGAGAAUUGUUGCUCCAGAAGAAGGAAGAGAAGCAACUAUCAAUUUUUUCUUUCCACUGGUAAGCACCGUGAAACUUCAAUAUCUACCAGAGUUUGCAGAUUUCUAUCCUGGAAUACAUACUUCAGAAUGGCCAAAAUUGAAAGAGUUGGUGGUUAAUGAUUGUGGUAAAUUAAAGAUGUUGACUUCAGAGCCAAAUUUCCUAUGCUUUGACCAAAAGAUCAACCAUGAUUUGGAGAUAUUUCAAUUACAAAAUAUGUUGGAACAAAUUAGGUGGAGGAGACAAUCUAAAGAACUUACAAUCUCUUUUAAGUCGGAGCAUAUUCCACUUUGGCUCCUUCAAAGAUUUGAAAAUCUUGCAUGUCUUUCUGUUAGUUGGUGCAAGUUGGUUAACUUAACAACACCUUUAAUAGCUAAAAGCUUAGUGCAAUUGAGAAAAUUGAAGAUAUCAAAUUGUGCAAUGCUGGUGGAAAUAUUGGAGAUUGAGGAGGAUGCAACAAUUGAAAUUGUUUUUGAGAAUUUGAGCGAGUUGUCAUUUGAUAGCAUAGAAAGUCUUAUGUGUUUUUGCUCGGGGAAUUACACUUUGAAUUUCCCAUCACUGGAAGAGUUAAAUAUAACUGAAUGUCCCAAUAUGAAGACCUUUUGUAGAGGAAUCUUGAGCACUCCAAAGUUACAAAAAAUCAAUUAUGAGAGAAUGGAAGUAGAGAAUGAGGGGAAUGAUCUUAAUAAAACCAUACAAGGAUUAUAUAAACAGAAAAACCAGGAUAUCUCUCUUGAUUUGAAUUUGAAGUGCAAGACAUUCCAACAUGAUAAUUCUAUGGAGAUUGUUUACAACCAACAUCCAACUUCAUUCUAUCAAAAUUUGACACACUUGUUCUUGUGGAAAUGUGGAAACAUAAAAUAUGCAUUUCCAUCUUCUAUUGCCAAAAUCCUCCACCAACUCCAACAACUAAAGAUUCAAAAUUGUAAGGCUUUAGAGGAGAUUGUUGCAAAAGAAGAUGGAGCAAAUGCAGUUGUUGAUUUUGUCUUCCCAAAUAUAACCUUAUUGAAGUUUGAAGAUCUACCAGAACUUACAGCCUUCUACCCUGGAUUAUAUGCUUUAGAAAUGCCAAAGUUGAAAAAGUUGGUAGUCAAAGAUUGUACCAAAUAUGCGAGCUUAAAAGAAAACAAUGUGGAGACUGAGCUUAAUAUUUUAGCUCCAAAAUCUAUCUUCCUGGACAAUAAGAUCAACCAUGAUUUGGAGAUAUUUCAAUUAGAGAAUGGUUGGGAAGAGAUUAGUUGGUGGAGUCAAUUUAAAAAACUUGAAAUCUCCCGUUAUAAGUCAGCGCCUAUUCCACUUUGCCUCUUUCAAAGAUUUCAAAAUCUUACAUGUCUUUUUGUUGAUUGUUGUUGUGAGUUGGUUAACUUAACAACACCUUCAACAGCUAGAAGUUUGGUGCAGUUGAGAGAAUUGAAGAUAUCAUGUUGUGAAAUGUUGAUGGAAAUAUUAGAAAUUGAGGAAGAUGCAACAACUGAAAUCGUUUUUGAGAAUUUGAACAAGCUAUCGUUUGAACGGAUGGAAAAUCUCACAUGCUUUUGCUCGGGGAAUUACGCUUUCAAUUUCUGUUCAUUGAAAGAAUUAAAUAUAGCAAAGUGUCAUAAUAUAAAGACCUUCUGUAGAGGAAUCUUGAACACUCCAAAGUUACAGAAAAUCAGUUAUGAGGAAAUGAAAGUUGAGAUUGAGGGGAAUGAUCUUAAUAAAACCAUACAAGAAUUAUAUAAAAAGAAAAACCAGGAUAUCUCUCUUGAUUUGAAUUUGAAGUGCAAGGCAUUCCACCAUGAUAAUUCUAUGGAGAUUGUUUACAACCAACAUCCAACUUCAUUCUAUCAAAAUUUGACACACUUAUUCUUGUGGAAAUGUGGAAACAUAAAAUAUGCAUUUCCAUCUUCUAUUGCCAAAAUCCUCCACCAACUCCAACAACUAAAGAUUCAAAAUUGUAAGGCUUUAGAGGAGAUUGUUGCAAAAGAAGAUGGAGCAAAUGCAGUUGUCGAUUUUGUCUUCCCAAAUAUAACCUUAUUGAAGUUUGAAGAUCUACCAGAACUUACAGCCUUCUACCCUGGAUUAUAUGCUUUAGAAAUGCCAAAGUUGAAAGAGUUGGUAGUCGAAGAUUGUACCAAAUAUGCGAGCUUAAAAGAAAACAAUGUGGAGACUGGGCUUAAUAUUUUAGCUCCAAAAUCUAUCUUCCUGGACAAUAAGAAGGAAUUGACAGGAUCGUCAAAGGAGAAGAAGCGGACUAGAACCUGGUGACAAGCAUGGAAGAUGAAGAAGAAAGCAGCACUGGAUGUCCUCCGGGGAAGAAGCUCCGUCUCUCCAAAGAAUAAUCUCGUCUUCUCAAAGGAAGUUUCAGGCAAAACCAUACCCCGUUAUAACUUCACCCUUUCUCUCUUUUUUCUUUCUUUCUUUAACCCAAACUCAAUUUUGUCUCUGUUUUCUUCACGGAUAAUAGGGGAAAAGUUUCCUUCAAUGGUCACCGGUUGAAUGAGUUUGUUCCCCA